AUGAUGGAAAGUGAUGAAAGUUUUAUGAACGAAAUUGAUAACUUGAUAAAUGAUAUAGAAGAAGAAAAAUUAAAUAGAGAUGAAUUAGAAUUUGCCGUAGCUCCAGUAAGUGUGCCAAGGAAUUUUAUAAAAGAUGCAAAAACAAAAAGAGAAACAAGUAAAUUGUUUGAUUUUCACAAAGGUACAACAACAUUAGCUUUUAAGUUUAAAGAUGGGAUAAUAGUUGCUGUAGAUUCAAGAGCCUCAAUGGGUUCCUUUAUUUCUUCGCAAAAUGUAGAAAAAAUUAUUGAAAUAAAUAAAAAUAUAUUGGGAACAAUGGCAGGAGGAGCAGCAGAUUGUCUUUAUUGGGAAAAAUACUUAGGGAAAAUAAUAAAGAUAUAUGAGUUAAGAAAUAAUGAAAAAAUUUCAGUAAGAGCAGCUAGCACUAUAUUAAGUAAUAUAUUGUAUCAAUAUAAAGGAUAUGGUUUAUGUUGCGGUAUAAUUUUAAGUGGCUAUGAUCACACAGGUUUUAAUAUGUUUUAUAUUGACGAUGAAGGAAAAAAGGUGGAAGGACAUUUAUUUAGUUGUGGUAGUGGUAGUACGUAUGCAUAUUCUAUUUUAGACUCAUCGUAUGAUUAUAAUAUAAAUUUGGACCAAGCUGUUGAGCUAGCCAAAAAUGCAAUUUAUCAUGCAACAUUUAGAGAUGGAGGAUCAGGAGGAAAAGUAAGAGUGUAUUAUAUUCAUAAAAAUGGAUAUGAUAAAAUUAUUGAAGGACAAGAUGUAUACGAUUUACAUUAUCAAUAUUCAAAUCCGGCGCAAAACGAUCAAUAUGUUAUGUAA